AUGCUGACGGAUCGACAGAUCCUGGCUUUCACCUGGCUGAUAUGGCUCCGCACAGCCGCGGUGCGUCUCCCUCCGCUGCUGGUGGACUGGGCCAACCCUUCGCUAGGAUUUCUCGAUGAAGUGCACGCUGUGCUGACCUCGCCCUUCUGUGGCGAUGAGACCUUGCUGGCGACUCAGCAGGUGGUCUAUGCCACUUCAAAUUUGGACUGGCAGCAACUCACGGAUGGCUUUGUCUUAUUGAAGGAUGCCUGGCUGCGUUUGCAACGUGUCUCUCCACUUCCAUCUUCGGCGCUUGCCGCUGCCAUCCGUGUUUUGUCGCACCGUCUGUUCCUGCGGACAGCUGAUUCUUGGGGUUGGAGCCGAGACGAUCUGGUUCGUGCUGCUAAUCCGUUCUGGCUGAGCAGUCUCACUGAGUCCCAGCGCAAAAGCACCAGUGCGAGCGGAGUGGCUAGCAAGUCCGAUGUGCAGGAUGAACUGCAGGGUCCACGUUGGACUAGGCCUUUGCAAGUGUUGCGCUGCUCGAGCGUCAUAGACUUGGACUCAGAAGUUGCCAUGGAAGAAGAUUCACCUAGUGAUCGCAGUGACCUUUCCGAUCCGGCUCCAUUUGACUCUCCGCCGCAUAGAAGGCAAAAGGUCGAAAGAUUUUGGCAAAAGGAAAUUGCUGCUGUCAAUUCCAUGAUCGAAGAUCUAUUGACGUCUGAGCAGCCACAGUUCGCUACUUGCCACUCCUUGGCAGAAUGGUAUACUUCGGAAGUUGCUGCCGCCAACCAGUAUAUAGAAGAUCUCUUGACUCCCACGGAGACUGCAACUUGUGAGUCUUUGGACCAAUGGCGUGCUGCUGAAGUAGAAGCCACAAAUGAGUAUAUAGCAGAUCUUCUCACACCCAGUGCCCCGCAUCCUGUCCCGGUGGCUGCUGGCAUGGUGGUGGAAACUGAGGAGGAUGCCAUUUCUGACUUUGACGACGCAGCUGCAUCCUCUGUUGCAGUUGACAACCGGAAGACUUACCGCUUGAAGCAGCAAGAGCUAUACAGUGGCACCCGUGUUCGUCACGCCUCCCCUGCAGAGAUUCGUCGUCAAAAGUCGCAACAUGAUUUGCUGCAAGGGGCUUUGACCUCGGAAGCCUCGUCUGUACAAUGGUUGCUGCAGCACAAAUUCAUUCACAGGCCUCGCACUUGCGAUGCUUGUGAGCAGAAGAAGCUCUACGAAGUCUUCGAGCUCUUGCAUUUGUACAUCACGGUGGAUUUGCAAGUGCAAUGCAAAGUGACGGACCUGGUGGCUCAUUGUGGCUGUUGCAAGGAGCAAGCCUUGCAUUUCCUUGCCAUCAUGAGAGAAGCAGAAGCCCAUGCUGGUCGUCAAUGGGCAAGUGAAGUUCGCCUACGUGGUGACAUCGAAGUCGACGCCACGGCUUUUGGGAAGUUCUACAUCUCCAAGAAAUGUACAGCCUUUCGUUCUUCCCGUGGGAGUCCGGCCGCCUACAGAGCUGAGGCUAGCAGAUUGCAUCCGGCCAUGCCACUUUUCGUGGAACAAUUCAUGUGGCGGAAGUCCGUGGGCAAUGUGACAGCACAAGGCUUUCUGUCUGAGUUGGUGAAGAUCUUUCAGAGCCGUGGUCGCAAGGGCAUUUGGCACGAUCCAUGGGAAGACUUGCCUUCUCUGGAUGGAAGGCUGAAGCAACUCAAGCGAGUGGUCAGGAACUUGCACGCCCGAGACCUCUCUGAACUGCUAUGCGAGUUGAGCCUAGUGAUUUGGCAACUUCGUGCCUGGUUUACCGUGGGCUCGGCACUUCUGGUGCUGCAGAUUCUGAACCGCAUCGCUGACAUGCCCUACCGGCUCCCGACCACGGACGACGGGGGCGACCCUGGACUCGCUGCGCUGCGCAUCAUCGAGGGUUAUAUCCUCUUCUGUUGUGCCUACCAGGACAAUUUGAAAUCCGAAGUGGGACAAACUUUGAGCCGUAUUCUGAAGAAGAAACGCCUUCCUCCCUGCACCUCAGUGCGAGUGGAAGCUGCCCUAGCUGGUUUCCAAUGUCUGGAGGUCCCGGAGGUCUCGCUCCAGGAGUUGCAGGGUGAGGACUUCCUGGAUUGCUUAGCCAUUGCUUUGGCGCCGGACCUGGCUUGUCGCGAGCGCAUGGAGAUAGCCAAGCAUCGCUUGGAGAUAGCCGUGGAGGGCACCUUUGGACCUGAUGCGCGCUUCGAAUUCUUUGGCAGCGCAGUGAAUGGAUUUGAGACCUCCUCCAGCGACGUCGAUGUGGUUGUGGUCUUACCCGAAGGCCAUGAGUUGCGAAGCAGCUCGAAGCAAGCGGCUGCUUUUUGCGUGGAUCUCAUGGGGAAGAAGCUGGUGGAGAUGGAGGAGGAAUGGGGUAUUUAUGUCACCGAUUUGGUGACCAAUGCGCGUGUGCCCGUCCUGAAGUGUCGCUGCAAAGACCUCCUUGAAGCUUCACUGUAGGGUGAAGCUGUUUCCAUGCAGGUGGAAAAGGGGAUAUACAGUACUCCGACAUCACGUGGACGGUUUGAAGGCCGUUUGAACCUGUUUGAACGCCUUCCAAUAGGAUUGGCGUCAUGCCGACAAGCAUUCCCAUUCGUGAUGUGUUCCGGAUUGCUUGGAGUCGACCGUAUCGACUUUUAAAACAUGGGCUGCAUGUCAUGACCCAAUUUCUUGAGACAUUUUGAGGAUAUAGCUUGGAGAUCAUUUGAAGACUCAAGGAUACUCAAUGUAUGUUCUAAUGAUUCUCAAUUUGGUAUGUGUUCCUAAAGGUGGCUGCUAAACCAUUGAGCCCAAUCUCGGCAAGCUCCAAUCUCCUGGUUGUUUGCGGAAUUUGGUUGCCCGCAAAAAAUCGAGUCCGCG